UCGUACAUGCACACACACACACACACACAGAGACAGACAAACGCACAGACACACACACAGACACACAGAGGGAGAGGAGUCGCAGCGGCCGCCGGGCUGGGUUCCUGCCCAUUUUCCCGCUCCUUUCCGAAGAGAUCAGGCACUGGGUCGCCCGAGCAGCCUUGAGCAACUAAGGAAUUAAGUGUCCCAGAUUUGGAGGCCAAUCUCUGAAGAAGAAACCUCAGAGGCUCCCCGAUUUUGAAUAUCUGUUGGGAAGAGAUCCCCCAGAUGGCCAGCAACAACACGGCCAGCAUAGCCCAAGCCCGGAAGCUGGUGGAGCAGCUAAAGAUGGAAGCCAACAUCGAUAGAAUAAAGGUGUCUAAGGCCGCGGCGGACUUGAUGACCUACUGCGAGGCCCAUGCCAAGGAAGACCCCCUCCUGACCCCAGUCCCGGCCUCAGAAAACCCAUUUCGAGAGAAGAAGUUCUUCUGUGCCAUCCUGUAACGCCUCUAGGGAGUCUGGAAAGCCCUCGGCCUCGGGGACCCGGAUGUAGAGUUUUGAGCAACACGGUAGCCUUUCCAGUCCACAAAAUUGAAAGAGAGGGAGGAGGGGGGACAGCGCGGACGCUAAAGGCGAGUGCAUGUUUAACCAAACCGGCCACCUGUGCUCGGGGGUGGGGGUGGGGGGUUGGGGGUGGGAGAGGGAGAGGAGAUCUACGUACGUCGUGACGGUGGAGAUCUGACUUCUUCAGAGCCACCUACAGAGUGAAUAUAUAAAGAUAAAAUCUGUGUCCCCUUUUUCUGCUCUCCCGAGAGGAAAAAAAAAUGUCUCUUGCCUAUUUAAUAAAGCAAAACCAAGGCUCCUGUGCCAAGUGAGGAUACUUAAUAAUGACUGUUACUUGGAAUGAAUAUUGUUGUUUUCUGAAUAUUAAUUUAAGUCGACUUGUCCUUAGUCACAGGUUUCCAGGGUAUCGAUGUUUGGUAUCGUGUUAUUUUUUCGCACUAGAGUAGCAGAAAGGUGAGACGGGCUCUGGCUUUGAGAUUGGAUUCCAAGAAAAUUCAACCAGGCAGAGUGCUGGAGACUCCCCUCAAACUCUCCCCUUUGCCAUAGAAGACACUGCCUGUUUUUAUUCCUAGAAACUCCUUGCUCCUCUCCCUAACGCCCGUACAGUGGUCACUUUGAUUCUGCCAGUGGAAGUCACCUACCUGUCAUAGUCAAGGGCCGCCAGUUCCGUGGCCUCACGUAACGCUACACGGAAACAGCCCUAUGCUGUCAACCCCUCCCCCCCGGGCCCCUUUCCCCCGCCUCAAUUGCUUUGCUCCAGACGCCCCUGAAGGAGCCCCCAGAGGACCAAAAUGGAUGUCUCAAAAACAGAGAGUUAACCGUCCUGCCAUAGCCGUGCCUCUGAAGUUGAUUGUCACGUUGUCGGCAGGAUGGCCCACACCCACACCUCCCCAGAAGCCGUGGGUCCGCCUCAGUCCAGGAAGCUCGGUGUUAACUGGACUGGCAGCUUUGCCUGUGGACUCGGUCGUUAGCGCAGAAACUCCAGGUGAAGAGGAUCCUUUUUCUACAAGUCCAUGCAGAUCCCCGUUUAAUGAUCUAGGUUCAUGGUCUGAGCCAUCACUUUCAGCAGGCCGAGUGAGCCGACACUCCAUGAUGGCCUUGUGGGACAAUGCCCCCUCCGCCCCCCAAAUAGCUGCAGGCAGAAAGAACCAGGCUCUCAUCACUGUCCUGUCACCAAAUUUUUUCUUCCUUCCCCCUCAGUCCUGCCCUGCUCUGCUCAGCUUUUCCCCUUUUUAUCUCCUAACUGCAAGACCUCUUUCUUCAGGACCCUGUGCCAUCGGGAACCAACCCCGCCCUCGACGGGCAUCUCCAUGGCAACCCACCUCUUCCCUUUCCUCCCCUGCUGGUCACUCUUCACUCCCCUGGCUCUUGUAGCUCCUGGUCUGAGCUGCAGCACUGGGCGUGGAGAGGAGGAGAGUUGCAGAGAGGUAGGGUAGGCAGGCACUCUCUGUGACAGCCAGGGUCUGGGCUCUGGCUCUCAGGACCCGGGACCCUCCUCAGCCUUAGGUUAAGCCCAUUGGCCUCUUCCCCUCAGGACCUGCCUCUCAAUUAUUUUUGAUCGGGCGGAUUUGGCCUCUGGCUGGUUCUUCUACCCGAUUUUUGACCUUCGGCUGUUCCCGCAUCCAUUUCCCAUCCAGAAGGUCUCCCCAUCGUGUCUUGUUUUUGCUCUGAGCACCAACUGUUGCAGAUAAAGAAGAGAAGGGAGAUGUCCAGAGAGCCUCACUGGGGUCUAGAAGCACCGCCUGGGCUCUGGAAGUGUGGAGUCCAUUUAGCUUCUUUGAGCACUGGCCAACAAGCACACUUAUAAAACUGCUGACCUGCAGGGGUAGUGGGAGUUUGUGAGGUACACACAAACUCAGCCUUAAUAGCUCCAACCUGAGAUCAGCCCGGGAUUUUCUAGUCACUUCCAAAUUGAGGUUACCUUACUGCACUAAGAUGUAAGCGAUCACAGGUUCACGUCGUAGGGCUUGUUUGCUGGUGCUGUGGAAACAGCUAAGCCCAUCACCGCAGAGAGAGAAUGAAGCUGCAUCAUGUCCAUGUCAGGGCAGUUGCAAAUAAGCUGCUCGGGUCACUGUUUUCAUGACCACUGGGUGCUGAGAAGAGACGUUUGUCAACAUCUACGUGCUCUUUUCUGUGAAGGCCUCUCCCGAGUUUUCUGUGGGGAAUCUGGAGCUUGAAAAUUAGCAUUUUGGAUUCAAGCGCCUAACCCUCAAUGCAGGUUAAAUUCAUAUUGGAGUGGAAUUGACUAACUCAGAAUCCAGAGUGAGCUUUCUUUUCCCCCCAUUUUUUGACAUGAGAAGGCUUUGGGUCUUUGAAUGUUUUUCUUCAGAAACCCAAGAGGCAUAAUCUCAACCAAGUAUAUUUUUCAGGCUAAAUUUUCAUAAUCCCCGGGCCUGUAUAGGCAGAUUUCAUGCCGUCGAGACCCCCACUUCUUAACCCUAAAUUCUAUCUGUGAUUCUUCACAGGUUGAAAUUUUUAUAGACUUAUUAAGGGGGGUUGAGCAAGGGCCCUUCCUUUGGUAGUUUUCAAAAGAAUAAUUGGGGAAAAAAUCCACAUUUAGUCAUUCUUUGGGGUAGCUUUGAUUCCUUCAGCCUCAUUGAUUGGAACAAGACCAGGUCUGCUUUCACUGCUGGAACAACAAUGUAAAUAAAUGUCGAGUGUUCUUUUUUAAUCGUAAGAUCUACUCUAACGGGCAAAGAAACCUAGCCAAGUUGUCCAAGGCCAUCCUGUCUCACCAGGGCCCGAUUGGGAUUCUGAUUCUGUCGUGAAAUCGUUUGUAAUAACUUUUUAAUGGCUUGCUUAUGUCCGAGAAGGAAAGGGGAAAAACGUCACAUGAAGUUCAUUAUAGGAGAUUUGAAAUUCCUCCUCCACAUUCAUUGGAGCAGACUGUUUACCAUAACUAUAUAGAGAGAUCUUUUUUCUCUUUUUAAAAGACAAUCUUAUCGGAAACCAAUACUUCCAUCCACCCAACCCAGCGUUGGCUGGCAAUGGUUAAACGUGAGUGCCUAUCGAGGAAAACUUAAAGCAGAUGUAGGUCAGCUUUCCACAUGCUUCAUGCUGUUGGGCUGCAUUUUGGAAAUAUCGCUAAAUCCUACCAGGAGGCAAAUCGAGAAUUCAGGACAAGUAGCUUUUGUAUACAGUAUUUUUUUAAUGCCCACUUUUAACCAUGGUCACGGCAAAGGCAUACGGAUCCCACCUGCAUCGCAUCUUCUCACCCAGGUAGUCGUAACCAUUUUCCCCACAAAAGAUCGGUGUUGUGUGUUCCUUCAGGGAGAGGGAAAUGUAACAUCCUGGUUAACUUCGUUUGGCUUUUUUCACGCAGGGAAGCUUGAAUGGAGCUGUGACGUGUGCAAUUCCCUUCUUUGUGAGCACUGUACUUGUUCUAAUAAACUCUUCAGAUUCAUUUCAAACGCAA